UCCAGAGUCAAGGAGCGACAUCUACUUGGGUAAAACAGAGAAUUUCUCCCACAGAUGCGACAUCUGGUGGACAGAGGACAUUUCCUGGGGAAGCCAGGUGAAGGUUGCUGAUUCCAUGAUGAACAGAGAGAGAAUUGGGGGAUGGGAUUAAAGCAAGUUUUUUUGUUGUGAAAGUUCUUAAUCAAAAAUUCCAAAUCUUGUUCUUUUAUCUCAAAUUUUCAGUUCCCUAGUCCAACAUCAUGCCUCCCAAGAAGAAGAAGAAGAAGGGAAAGAAGGGGAAAAAAAAAGGGUUUGAGCCCUACCAGAAGGACUAUGCAGCCAUGCUAGGAGGUGUCCUGUAUGCCCUCUACACCCUGCUCCAAUGGGUCAGAUGUGCCCCCAAGAAGGAAGGGCCACAAAAGGGCCAUGGCUUUGCCCCCCUGGCCCACUGGCGCCUCAUGCCCUACUUUAUCUGCAGCAUCAUGAGUGCAUUGAUCACUGCAGCCAGCAAGGGGUUUGUGGGCAAGCCAGACUGGCCACCACCACUGUACACCUUUAGGAGUUUGGCCUCAGGGGCUGGGCUCAUGUUGGUGUGCACACAGUUCAUGUUCUACUUUGGACACUCCACCAAGCUCAUUCAGGGGUAUACCACCUUGGUAUGGCUGCCUCUGGCUGCCAGUUUGUCAUGGGUUGACAGAUACUCCAAAUCUUGUUUGUACAUUGGAGAUGCAUUUGGAGCAUUUGCCCUUGGCUACUUGAUGCUUUAUGGAGCCAUGGCUAGAAGAAACAGGGACCUGUUGUUUGCCUGCAUCCUGUUUCCCAUGUGCCAAUACUUGAUUGGCAAGGAUGGGUUUCAGUUCCUCAAUUUCUUUUAUUACUAUGGAAUGUUGUAUGCGCAAAAGUUUCUCACUAAUGCCAUCAUCACUGCUCAAGGAAGAAGACCUCCUGGCUGGCCCAUUUAAAUUUUAUUUUCAGAAAUGUCUCUCUCUCCAAUGUUAACCACACAAAAAUGAGAAGUUUUUGAUUUGAAUGCUGCUGUGUUUCUUGAAUGAAAGUGCUUUUUGUUGUUGUUGCUA